GAAAACUCAUUCGACACUUAAAUGUACUCUAGUUUUUUGUGCUUAGCAUGUUUUAUUUUGUUCCCUAAUCAUCCAAUAUAUUCAUGGGACAUUGCAUCGAAAUGCACAGCUUUUCACAGGAUCAUCUGACAAGCUAGUGGCAACGAAGUUCAAGGUCAUUGUUCAAUAUGCAAACUGAAAGAUACAUCUGGGCGUCCUUUGUUACAGUUUUAGGGCUCUCUUUCUUAGUGUUUUGUUCCAAUCUUACGUUGUUGACAUCUGAGCAAGAAGAAGAUAACAACAUAUGCCAAAAAUACCCAAAGAAUUUAGUAGGCACGAUUUACCCUAAUCUUACGGAUACAUCCUAUAAAGACAUGGAGUUCAGAUUCACAUGGGUGCAAACAGGAGGCCACCAUACACCCACAAGAUGCAAACCUAGGGAACGAGUAGCCAUUUUAAUACCAUUUCGCAAUCGGAAUAACCAUUUAAGGAUAUUGCUGAAUAAUUUACAUCCAAUAUUAUAUCGUCAGCAACUAGAGUAUUCCAUAUAUGUUUUGAAACAGGCUGACAAAAAACCUUUCAACAGGGGAAAGCUGUUCAAUAUUGGGUACCUAGAGGCAAAAAGGGACAACCAUACUUGUUUUGUCUUCCAUGAUGUUGAUCUCAUUCCUGAGAAUGAUCAUAUACUAUAUGGAUGUGUAAGGAGUCCCAUACAUUUUUCAAGAGCAGUUAAUACAUUCAACUUCAAAUUACCUUACAAAGAAUUGCUUGGAGGAGUCGCUGCUUGGAAAACAAGAGAGUUUGAACACGUGAAUGGCUGGUCCAACUUGUUUGUGAACUGGGGUGGAGAAGAUGAUGAUUUGAGCUACAGAACAAUAGCAAACAAAUUGUCAAUCUUUCGUUUUCGGAACUCUGUGGCAAGGUACACAAUGUUGGAGCACAGACGGACCCCUGUUAACACUGCGAGACACAGUCAGUUAAAGGACAGCUACACUCGGUAUAAGAUUGAUGGUUUGUCAUCAUUGGUAUAUCAAAGCCCAAAAAUCCAACGUUAUCAGUUAUUCACCAUGGUGUCAAUAAAUACGUGAAAAUCUUGUUCUGAAACGUUUUCAACUAACACAUUUACAUAUAAGAUAGGUAAAGCUCUACAGCUUGAAAAUGUUUCUCUGCGCAUAUUUCUAAACAAAGUGCAAUGACUGGAUAAUAAAGAAGAAAUAUUGAAGAUUGACGUAAAAUGCCUUAUAUGAUUUCUUACUGAAAGCCUUGUUCAGUGAAAUACAUUUUGCAGACCCUUAUGAUUUAUGCGUAUGUUUAAUUUGUAUAUUUAUAUAUACUUGUUUGAUUAUCUUAUCUUAGUGUAUAAUAUGAAGAAAGCAAUUUAAUAUUGAACAUUUGUAAUUUCUAUUCGCUUGUGAGAUGUUGUUGUGGCAAACGCUUAACAAGGGGGAUGUUGCAUGUACACGUACAAUCUACAGUAUUGAAAAUUUAGAUUUUGAUGAAAGAAAUAAAUACGUUGAAAUAUUAA